AUGGAUUCGAGUAAAUCUGAUUAUUUUCAAUACAAAGCUGCCCAGUUAUCAAAUAAAGGAAAUAUUCUAAAGAGUGUUAAUUCUCAAGAGCAGGGUAGUAAUCAGGCUCAAGUAGUACCCCUGAAAGUGGAUUCUGCUUUCAAACACAAUCUGACACCAGGACCUUACAGAUUACCAAUUAGCACAACUUUAGUUACUAAAUUAAAAGAAAAAGUGACGAAACAGAAGAAUAAAAUUAAAAGGCUGAAUGAAAAGAACUGA